AUGGUAACAGUGGCCCCGUCAGCCCUCAGUCUGUCAAUCAUACCAGCCCCAAUAGUGCUUCCGCCCCUCGACUGGAUAUCGGAUACUCAGCCCCUAUUCCAUCCCCAGGGCCAGAUCGCCGUCGUCCUACGCGCCUCGAGGGAGCCAAUGCUCCCCCGGAGCGAAAGCCCGUGCGGACCCCUGUAUCCGGUCCGGGUCAUGGCCCUGGCUCAUUGCCUCCUUCUCAUGAUCAAGCUUCACCACGACCUGGAGGUUCGCCGGCAUCUGGCCACUUCCCCCGCGGAGCGAAUCUCGGCAACCAUCUCAUGGCUCCGGUGCCUCGACACCCCAGCCACCAGCGGGUCCGCUCCCGCAGCAGCCACAGCAGCAGCAGCAGCAGCCGUCCAAGCCCAAGCCUGCCGCGCCACCAUCCAAAGGACCCAAGACCUUUGA